CAUUCUUUUACACCUCACUUGGCAAUCAAACUUCCUGUGACGCAAUUUCAAUUAUCGAUUAGAUCACUAAUUCUUCUAUCUUAUUUAUAUAGACAGUGUGAUCUAGAUUUUCUUAUGUGAAUCACUGUGUGGCAAGCUAGAAAUAGUUCUUGCAGUAAUGGUGUUCGCGAGCACAAAAGACUCCUCAUUUCUUCAUACUUAUGUAUAAAUACAACGUGUACCGAUUGAGAUGGGAUAUAAAAUAUGCCAGAAAAUUUGUCGUGGAAUCUCAUGAACAGUGAUUACAGUGGCGCAUGAAGAGCGUUUAAAAAAAAAUCGCGGGGCCACCUUGAGAAUCAGCAAUUAACCACAUGAAUUCCCAUUUAGCAAUAGUGGUUUAUCACGAGUGAAAGUCAUUGCAAAGUGAUUUAGAAUUAUGCGCAGAGCUUUUGUGCAGAAUAUCUGUGUUUUCGUCUUCAUUUUCUUCAGCGUGUGGCUGAGCGAACACGGAGAUAAUGGCAGGACGUCCUAGGAGAACUCGUCUCUAUGAUUGCAACUACAAUAUUGGCCAGAGCUAUUAUCGGCCUACAAUUGACAAAUUGGACAAUAAAAGAUUUGGAAGGCCAGAAUCUGCGGAUCGCUAUGUAAAGCCCCGUGUCAACAUUGACGACUUCUUUGAUGAGGAUCUCAAGACUGCACGUCGUCGUGCGGAGAAAGUGAUUGCUGAGGAUGGCAUUUUCGAUUCUAAGGACUUGAAGCUGGGAAGGCCACUUCCUACUGCCAAUGAUGAAUUCGACGAGGAGGUUCAAUCGACACUCAAUCGACUUCGUGCGAGCAAGAAGCUCAUUUCCACCGUGGACGAUGAUCUCGAGGAUACACUGAGCACAGUGAAGCGUCGUGGAAGGCUCGAUUUGGGCGAGAAGCUCUUGGACGUGGCCGGAGAUGAUGAGGUUGUGGGCGGUGCUGUUAGGCGUAGGGCGCUUAAGAUGGUCUCACGCUCGGUAGACGAUAGCGUCAAUGUGGGCGGUUUGACGAAAUGGUCCGCAAUCACAGAUGUAGAAUCCACCAAUUCAGCCGCGGCUCAGCGCGCCAAAGCCACGAAAGCUCGUCUCGCCAACCUCGAGUCGGAGAUGCUCGAUCGCUCAGAGAAGCAAGCGGCCCGCGAACGGAGGGUAGCCAAUCUGAAGAAGAUUCUCGCCGAUACAGACGACGAAAGCUCAUUCACAGCGAAAGCUCUGACGAGUUCAUCGAUGCGAGCAGAGAAGAAAGUCACUUUCUAGGUCAAGCCGUGAACUUGCAAAGAAGAAACAUAUGCAUAUUGUAAUUUCGCUUCAUCCUCUCGCAAUAUCGGCCUUCCGGAAAUUAUAAAAUAAAAUGUCUCUUAUGUGACUCUGUCAAAAUAACGGUUAUCACGAAUAAAUACAUGUUCAGCGAG